AGCUGUGAUCGGCGUCCGGCAUCGCGCGGUCUCCGCCGAGAACUGCCGAGGAGAUGGGAAACAUUUGCCGGCCGCCGCCGCAGACGGCCGUUGGCGCUGGUACCGUUGGCGAGGCUCCGGAGCAGAUGGAGGAGGAAGUGGGCAUGAACUGCUUGAUGAGUAACAAGCUGAACUGCUUCCACAAGAGCGACUCCUUUGAGAUCACCGGCUCUGAGGCCUCCACGCCGGGUCCCAAGACGUUACACGGCUAUGUCCCGGUGACACCCAUCUCAGCGUCCAGUUAUGAUGCCAUGCCCGAAGCCGACGAGGAGGGCCCCAACAUGCGCUUCUUGGACUACCAGGAGAGAGGUGGCCAUGGAGAGACGGUCUACUUGCACCUGUAUGACCUCAACGACACCUUCGCACACAUGAAUUCGGUGUCCCUCGACUUGCUGGGCCUCGGCGGUGCGUUACACGUGGGUGUCGAGGUCCUGGGCAACGAGUGGAGCUUUGGCAUGCAGGGUGUAUCCAUCACGACGCCCAAGCAGAAUCAGUACUAUACCUACCGCCAGACGGUGGCCAUGGGCCGCACCGGCUUGAAGCGGAAAGAGGUGGAGGGUGCGAUUUUAGCCUUGAAGCGUCGUUGGUCAGGCGUGGAGUACGAUCUUCUCGAUCGAAACUGUGGCCAUUUCUGCAACGAGCUUUGCCAAGCGCUUGGCGUGGGGCGCAUGCCCUCGUGGGUGACGCGUGUGGCUGAGACGAUGGCGCUCAUGCCCGGGUCGCACACCCUGAAGAACUCCAUCUCCCGCGCGAUGAUGGAGGAUCAAGGAGGUAUCUCUCCUCGCUUGAUGGACGAUGAGGCCUACCUGGUGUCAACGCCGCCGGCGCAUCCAGGCAGGUUCAUCCGAAGCCCUCCAGGCUCGGGUGCCACGCUGCCCUCCACCGGUUCGCCAGUGCAUUGCCACUUCGCCGGCGCCGACACCUUCGGUCAAAACAUCAGCUUGGCCCAGCAGCGCUGCGAGGCCUUCCACGUGGAUGGCAAAAACCGGCAGGCCUUCGCUCGUUGCCGAUGCGCAUGAUGUCCGUGGCAGCCAGAGGAGGCGCCUAGGUCCUUCGCCUGGCUCCAUGGCCGGGCUCCGAAAAAAGAUCUGCCGAUGGAACAGAAGUGAACAGAAGUCGAAGGUCUUCCAGUCGAUGCCUCACAGAAGUUGACCGGAUCCCUGCAGUUUGGGAGUUUCCAGUACCAUAGCCG